GACGGAUCUGUGGCUCACAGGUGAAUUCAUCAGAGCUCAGUGGAGAAGGGAAUUCUCCUCAGUGGCUUUGUCAGAUUAGAGAAGAAUUCUGUACAAAGAUUGAAGGAGUAAAGGGAAAAUAAGUGACUGGACGGAUUUGGAGAAGAUCACGGACACUUAUUGGAUUUGUCCACAGGUCUCUGGAAACAGGCUGCACAGAGAUGAAGGAUGUCUGACAACUUCAGUGUGGAUUCAUCAACGCAGUUCCGUUGCUCUUUCUUUUAGAGAAGUUUAAAUUCUAAAUGAUGGGCCAGGCACAGGGAGCCGCGGACAAGGAAGUGUCUCUUCAGAACAUCCAGGAACUCUACCGCAAGUUCGCCACCGAGUGUCCGAGUGGAAAUCUGCACCUGCACGAAUUCAAGAGGAUCUUCGGCGUCGGCAGCAACUCCACAGAGGAAGAGUCCGCGUACAUGGAGAACGUGUUUCGAUCCUUCGACGCAAACAAGGACGGACACAUCGACUUCAUGGAGUACGUGGCAGCCGUGCAUCUCGUCCUUCGCGGGAAACUGGAGGACAAACUCAAAUGGUCUUUCAAAGUUUAUGACAGAGACGGAAACGGCUGUUUGGACCGACAGGAAGUGCGACACCUCAUCAAAAUCAUCAACAAGAUCAAGAGGCACAACGAUCCGGACGUCUCGGAGAACAUCGACGACAUCUGCAGCCGAAUAUUUGAACUGGUGGACAUGAACAAAGACAGUCAGAUUUCUUUGGAGGAAUUUAUCGAGGGGGCUGAAAAGGACCCGUGGGUGAUGGAUCAGCUCAAACUGGACAUCGGACCCUGCGAUUGGUUCAUCGAGCAGCAGAACAAAUCCUAAAUCCACGGGAAACAUCUGGGCGAUUCUAACGCACGCGGCGUCACGUGAAAACUGGCGUUGACUCUAGUCCGAUGGCGAUGGGAGGGACGGUGGCGGAGACAGGGUGGUCCGUGGUGGUGGUGCCCCAUGCUCCUUUAGACACGCCCCCUGGUGGCCUUCAGCGAUGAGCUCGCCUCUUGUUUACCCACAGAAAUGUUCUCUCCCGUUUUGUGACGAAAAUCCGAUGAAAUAAUCUGCGUCAUGUCAUUUGAUCUGAGGGAGAUUCUGGAUAAUCUCUCAAAAUCACUGGACUGAGUGGAAACCAAGUUUCAACCCGCCGUGACGUCACCCGUUGUCUUGUGAGCGGCCAUUUUGAAGCCUUGAGUCUAGCAUUUUGACCAGCUCCAUCUUGUUUUAAAAAACCCCAGAAGUGACCAUAUUUGGAGGAGCAGAGGGUGUGGUCAAAUUGAGAGCUUUUCCACCUACACCUGCGACCAUGCUCCGGUUGGACGGUACCAGCCGUCAAUCAGGCUGUAUCCACGCCCCCCAACACAUCCAGUGCUUUAUGGUCUGUUUGACUGUAAAUGAACAUCGUGUAUUGAAGAAGACUUGAACCAUAAACUCGCCAGGAAAAGGAUUACUGACGUCAUGGAUCAAUCAGAAGUAGAGUCAUGUUCUCAUAGAGUCGCCCUCUGCUGGUCAGUACUGAGAAUACGCACGUCCAUUUUUACGUACAGUCUUUAGUGGAAAUGCAGCCUGGAUCUUCAUCGUCACCUGGUUUUGGGAGAGAAGCCACGACCUCAUGUCACGACUGAAGACAUCCUGGGGUUUUUAUUUCAAAGUGCUGGGAGACGAUAUACAACAAAGUUUCAGCUGCUUUAUUGUAAAAACUGUAACAUCCUCAACAGUUCAGUUGAAAAUAAAAAAGAGCACACGUUGUGGUGUUUCUGUGUUUCGUCUCUCGACUAUGGAGGAAAACCAUAUGGAAGCUUUAGGAUUUAGUCUGACUUACCGUUCUCAGCCUUUAAGACUCUUUACUGAGCGAUGUGAUAAACUUUGGCUUCACAGUGACACCAAUGACAGUCACACAUAUUGUUUCAUGACAUUUAGACUGCUGCAACUAUAACUCAUAUUUCAAUGCAAAAUCUUUACAUAUUUUUCCUGCCUUCCACUGGUUUCCAUUCGUUUUUUACUGAGCUGUAAAACAACCUGCACACAUGUUUUGACAGGACAUCGAGUCCGAUCUUAUUCUUGUCCAACUCGUAUGGUUUAGGUGCACACAUACAUGCAAUACUGUAUGUGUGAGUGGUUGUGGCUGUCAGAGGGAAGGGGGGGAGGGGCGUGAAGCUAAAUUAUAUCAUGUCCUUAGGCAAAGAGCCUUAAAGCCUAAGAUUAGCAAGACAGACUAAAUCCAUACUGUAGAUCCCACAGGGUCGCAACGAGGCAGCCGCUGCGCCUCGGUCAGUGUCAGCGAGUCUAAUAUACUCACCAUAAGACUUAGCUCAAUACGUACCACUAUUUUUUAAAUAUUUGAAUGUUAUUAAACUGUCCAGAGGACCCCAAACCUUGAGGGGGUAAAGUUGGGGCAGGACUAUAUAAGCACUAUGCUUCUGUCUGCUCCUUCUGCAACACAUCCUUGUUUUGUUCCCUGAUGGAAUCAGAGUGAUUCAUCUGUUUGUGUUUUAUCUUUGUGUUUUUAUCUGAUUUUUUAGUUGUUGUUGUUGAUGGUUCGAGAUGAAUAAAAAUCAAUCAAUCAAUCAAUCAAUCAAUCAAAUGAAUUAAGUAUUUUAAGAGAGGAAGAGGUCAUCAUAUCAUGGAGGACGGAACAUGACUUACUAAUAAAUAAAUGCUGAAAUAAAUGUAUAAAUAAAUAAAUAAAAUAAUUAAUAAUUCUUUAAAUUUAUUUCAAUUUUUUUGUUUGCCUACUUUGAUUUAUUUUGUAUUUAUUUAUUUAUUGAUCUAUUUCUACAUUUAUUUAUGUAUUCCUUUAUUUAUUAUUAAGGCAUGUUCCGUCCUCCAUAUCCCAAAGGCUGUCGGAACUAAACCAGGA